GGCGCCCUCCGCAGCUUGGUGACUGCGCCUCUGCGCCCCCAGCUCCUGCGGCUCCGGGAUGCGCGGAGGCGGCGGCAGCGGCGAUGGCGAUGGUGCCUCCAGCCCUGCAUCCCGGGCGCCCUGCAUCCUCCCGGGCGGUGGGUGGAGCUGGGGUCUGGGCUGCGAGAUGGAGGAGAAGGGGCGGCGCUGCGGCCACCCUGCAGGGGAUGCAUUUCUGUGUGCAGGCUCUUCUGCCGCGGGUCUCUCUUGUCACGUGCCGCUCCUCUGUGAGCUGAGGCCCUGACUCCCCUCCCCACAGAAGGAAGAGACCUUUGCCUCUGAAGAUGAACUCCACGGACCACUUCCCGGACGCUCCCAACACCACCUGGCCCCUGCCUGGCGCCCCGGGGGCAAACGGCACUGCUGGGCGGGCGGGUCUCCACGGCCCGGUGCACACGGCCACCGUGGUGACCUGUACUUUCCUGCUCGUGGUCAUCUUCUGCCUGGGCUCCUACGGCAACCUCAUCGUCUUCUUGUCCUUUUUCGAUCCGGCCUUCAGGAAGUUCCGAACCAACUUUGACUUCAUGAUCCUGAACCUGUCCUUCUGCGACCUCUUCAUCUGCGGGGUGACGGCCCCCAUGUUCGCCUUCGUGCUGUUCUUCAGCAGCACCCCGCACGCCUUCUGCUUCACCUUCCACCUCACCAGCUCCGGCUUCAUCAUCAUGUCCCUCAAGACCGUGGCCGUGAUCGCCCUGCACCGGCUCCGCAUGGUGCUGGGGAAGCAGCCCAGUCGCACGGCCUCCUUUCCCUGCACCCUGCUCCUCACUCUGCUGCUCUGGGCCACCAGUUUCAGCCUGGCCACCGUGGCCACCCUGAAAACCCGCAAGUCCCACCUCUGCCUUCCCAUGUCCAGUCUGAUGGCUGGGGAAGGGAAAGCCGUCCUGUCUCUCUACGUGGUCGACUUCGCCUUUUGUGUGGCUGUGGUCUCCGUCUCUUACAUCAUGAUUGCCCAGACCCUGCGGAAGAACGCUCAGGUCAGAAAGUGCCCCCCCGUGAUCACAGUGGACGCUUCCAGACCGCCGCCUUUCAUGGGGGCGCCGGGGAAGGGAGGCGGAGACCCCAUCCAGUGCACCAUGCCCGCUCUAUACAGGAACCAGAAUUACAACAAACUGCAGCACGUUCAGACCCAUGGAUACACUCAGAGUCCCAACCAGCUGCCAACCCCUGCAGCCAGCCGGCUCCAGCUGGUAUCGGCUGUCAACCUCUCCACAGCGAAGGACUCCAAAGCGGUGGUCACCUGUGUGGUCAUCGUGCUGUCAGUCCUGGUCUGCUGUCUUCCCCUGGGGAUUUCCUUGGUGCAGGUGGUUCUGUCCAGGAGUGGGAGCUUCAUCCUUUACCAGUUUGAGCUGUUUGGAUUCACCCUUAUCUUUCUCAAGUCAGGGUUAAACCCUUUCAUAUAUUCCCGGAACAGCACAGGGCUGAGAAGGAAAGUGCUCUGGUGCCUCCAAUACAUUGGCCUGGGAUUUUUCUGCUGCAAACAGAAGACUCGCCUUCGAGCCAUGGGCAAAGGGAACCUCGAGGUCAACAGAAACAAGUCCUCCCAUCAUGAAACAAACUCUGCCUACAUGUUGUCUCCAAAGCCCCAGAAGAAAUUUGUGGACCAGGCUUGUGGCCCAAGCCAUUCGAAGGAAAGUGUGGUCAGUCCCAAGAUCUCCGCUGGACAUCAGCACUGUGGCCAGAGCAGCUCCACGCCCAUCAACACCCGGAUGGAGCCGUACUACAGCAUCUAUAACAGCAGCCCGUCCCAGGACGAGCACAUCCCAUGUAACUUACAGCCAGGAAACUCGUUUGGAUUUGCCAGCUCCUAUGUGGCCAUGCAUUACCACACCACUAACGACUUACUGCAAGAAUGUGACAGCGCCUCCGCCAGGCAGAUUCCCGUCCCCUCUGUUUAGAGCGGCGGAGGCUGGAGCAUUGUGUGUAAACUGGUCCUGUUUCUGGCACUAAGGGAUUUUUUAUUUUCACUUUUGUGAGACUCGUUGUAGAUCAAAGCUUAAAGGCUCAACUAAACAGUUGGCAGUUAUGAUUUUCUUUGGUCUGAUUGAUUAGCAUCUAUUGGUUUGCUUUGUGGUCUCUUGACAUUUUAAGGUUUAAUAUAAAAGUUUAUUAUUUAGAAUUUUGCCCUGACCUGUGUUCCAAUCUCUUGUACUAAACUUUUAAAUAGAUCAUGUUACCAUGUUAAAGUAGAGAAUGAUCUUUUGACUCAAUGUUAUGGGUCUUUGAAGUACAUAUGAGCUGGAUAUUUUAAAGAGUA